AUGUCGCCGAAUGAUGGUUCCAUUAAAUACACCGCCAUCACCAUGAACAACGAUGUGUUGACAGAAAUUUUCUUGCAUCUGCCUGUCCAAUCUCUCUUUAGAUUCAGAGCUGUAUGCAAAUUUUGUGCCGAUGUCAUCAAUUCUUCAUGUUUUCGGAAACUACACAUUCACAGCAACAGAUCGGAUGACACGGUAUGUCUAGAAGUAAUUUAUUCUAAUGGUGGAAUUCAAGUCCAACACAACACGAAGUCAUUGAUCUCGUAUAAUUCCGAGGACUUAGGGUUAGCGCUAUCUUUAUGCGAUGAGGAUGUUCGAGUUUCGUUGUAUGGGCCAGUUAAGGGUCUCAUCAGCAUCGACCUUACGAAAUGGAGCUAUUUGGACAUGAAACUGAGGGCCCCGCCAAUACUCAUAUGCAACCCUUUUCUAGGCCAACUCAAGCUUCUCCCACUAAUCACAACCUCUUCGUGUAGAAUAGCCUUGCGCUCGGUUGCAGUUAGUUUCAUCGAUGAAGAUUACAAAGUAGUGCAGUUGUCAGUUUGCACAAUGCACGGCCGUCUACAUGCCCAUAUGUACUCACAAAGCAUGGAUUCUUGGAGGGAGUUGGCCUUUGAUGAUGAUUUAGUAUAUGUUUGUAGUAUAAAAUCGAUGUGCGAGAAUGGCCACUUUGCCCACUGGAAAGUGGAGCGUAUGUGGGAAGAAGAGAUACUAAGCUUGGAUAUGAAGAAUGAACUGUUUAAGAAAAUCAUGUUGCCGAAGAAUAAAUAUCAGGGUAGAUAUAUUAGUCAGAUUUUUGCAAAAGAUGAGCACUUGUUUUGGCGCUUUGAGUUCUCUCGUAAACCGGUUGAUAAAGAAGUGGCUAUUUAUGAAUCGAGGUGUGAAGGAAGCAAAUUGAGUUUGGACGUAUAUGAAGCGUGUGGAACUUCCCUACAGUGA